GUUACGGCUUCUGAGGUUAUCGUAUAUUGUUAUAUAGUUAAAAGUUUUGAUCGAAUCGAACUUACCGAAAUAUUGACAAGUUGCUAGGAUAAGUCAUGGUUUAGUUGAAUCUUGGACAUAGAAACUGUUGUGGCCAUUCAUUUCUUGUCAGACACUUGGAUCGUCAACCUUGAAUAGGCUGAACACAUAGCCCCGAAAACCAUAAGUUAAAUGGAUAAAUUUCAAGAAAUUCAUGGAAAGGGAACCCCAGCCAUGGAAAGUUCUUGCACUGCAUCAAGCCGUGGUCCUUCACCAUCACGUCCUCCAGCAGCCAUAACAUCUAAUGCAGCAUCUAACAUAAAUUCUCAGGGUCCCAAUGGAUCUAAUGGGAGGAAGACACUCGAGACCGCCACCAAUUUGAAAGGUGGAAGAAGAAAAUCUCCUGUACCAUCAAAGAAACACGGAGAACGAGGUGAAAAGGGUGGGGCUGGCGCUGGCGCUGGAAUAACUGGCCCUACUACUGGAACUCUGCUCAGCUCGCUCCAUGGAACUAGUAGCAAUACUCACCUUAGUAUUAAUAGCAAUCUCGCUUUAGCUGCCACUCCGUCAACUCAGUCAUUACUUUCCGUGGCCGAUGAACGUAAUCAUAGCAACCUUCAAUCCACUACUUCCGCUCCAACGGGGUUGCUUGAUUCCUCGAUAUUACCAGCCUCCUCGAUUAUUUCCAAAACCGUCGAAGAUCAAUCUAUUGACGAUGAUCCGGAUGUUUCAUAUUUCUCAACCGGCGCCGAAGGAGGAAACGCUUUGUUAGAUGAAUUGGAUGGUACAACUGGAAGUUUAUCUUAUCCUCCUGGUACUCCGGAAUACCAAAAAGUUCGGUUAGAAAUGGAACAAAUUCAUAUGAAGGUCAAUAAAACGCGAGAAUUAAUACGAGAUGAGCAAACGGCUCGUGACGAGAACGUCAAUGAGUAUUUACGUCUGGCCUCUCAGGCUGACAAACAACAACAAAUUCGUUUGAAAGCAGUUUUUGAAAAGAAGAACACAAAAUCUGCUCAGCAAAUGCAAGUGCUGCAGCGUAAACUGGAUACUUAUCAAAGACGUCUCAAAGCCCUUGAAGCUCAAGGAAUUCCUCGAAAUCAUGGUCAUCGGGCACCCAAGCAAGUUCUUCGAGGUGUAGGCAUAGGAAUAAAAACUGUUAUGUCAAAACCCAGAGAAUUCGCUCACUUAAUCCGAAACAAAUUUGGCAGUGCUGACAACAUAAAUCAAAUACGUGCGGUAGAAAACACCCCGGGUUCUAGUGCGCCUGAUGAUCCUUUUGUUAUUUCAUCCGCCGCAGUUAAUAAUAUGAGUGCUGGAAAUUCCAAUUCUCUUCCCGGUCAUGGGGCCACAUCACAGACCGUUGGUCAAUCCGCUAUUGUUCCAGCAACUAGCCAGGGAUCAGGUGGUGGUAAGUACACAUCCGAAGAAGGAUCAGAAUGUGGCAGCUCAGUAACCAGUGAAAGCAUGGCUGGUGGCUUGCAUAUGUCCCCCAGACACAAUGUAGUGGGGACAAGUUUGGGGCUGAGCAUGGGAUUAGAGUCUUUUUUCCAAGAGCUUCAGGAGAGAAGGGAAGAAGUUGAUCGAUUGCGCGAGGAAAUGGAACAAGUAAAGUUGCACCUUCAACAAGAAGUAUCAAUUGUUAGUGCUGCCUUACAAGAAGAGCGCUUUCGAGUUGAACGUUUAGAAGAACAGAUUAAUGAUUUAACGGAACUGCAUCAAAAUGAGGUUGAGAAUCUCAAACAAAACAUUGCCGAUAUGGAGGAAAAAGUACAGUAUCAAUCGGAAGAAAGGCUAAGAGAUAUAAAUGAUUUGUUGGACAGCUGUCAUACUCGAAUAUCGAAAGUGGAACAUCAAGCCCAACAUCAACAGCAUGUCAGUUUGGAAGGAAUUGAGAACUCCAAUGCUCGAGCUGUUCUUGUCAAACUCAUAAAUAUGGCCUUAACUUUGCUUCAAUUAGUGCUAGUCGUUGUUUCAACAUCAGCAAACAUAAUCGCACCUUUUCUUAAGACAAGGCUACGUGUAUUAACCACUUGCGUAUUGGCGUUGCUGUUUGCUUUUAUACUCAAGCAAUGGCCGGAUCUGGAGGACUUAGGUUCACAUUUAAUUCAACAUUGCAAGGCCGCUUUGAGAUCAUAGACAAUUCUAAAUUGUGUUUUAAAUGGAAGUGAUGAUGAUGGGGGGGGGGGUUGCGCAAGGUGUAACCGGAUUGAUGGGUUCCAUUUUACCAUUUCCGCUUUAACGGAGAUAAAUACUCGUCACUGUGAUGGAUGUAAUGUAAUGGAAGUGGAACAUGAAUUUUUUUGCAAUUUGUACUUCCUGUUACAAGACCGGACUAAUAUUAUUGUCUCGUCAAUUCCUACUGCAAAUUUUAGUUGGCGUACCAACUUUCUUAGAAACAAUUGAAAUGUGUCCUAAUGAACUCACAUAUAUUUAACCUGUAUUCGUCGAAGUUUUGCAUAUUUGUUACUCGCCAAAAUUGUUGUGAAAUCAAUACAUUUUUGGCUUACUUUGA